UCCUGCUAGCUAGCUAACAAACUAGCCUUUAAAGGCAUUUAAACUGAGUCAGACGCGUUUCUUGUUUACAUCCGAUAUAUACAUGAUUGACUAUUAUUUCGUCGUAUCUCCAUGCAUGUUUGGCGUUUAUCUUAAAAAAAAUACACUUCAAUCCCUGGCAAGUGCUGCAUUUCAAAACGCAGGCCGUAUUCCAUGCAAAAACAUCGGGUCUGUUUCUCUCGGAGGUAGUCCCAUCUUUCUUAGCCAGAGUUGGCAGCCAUCUUGAAUUUUAAUGUUAAUUUUCUGGACAUUUUUGUUUACCAUAGUAUUUUUUAUAAAGGAUGCUUUGAGAUCCAGUGGUAUUUGGGACGUGUUGUUUAUAGCACAGGAUAAACAGUAAAUUACGAAUAGUUGCAGAGCACAGCUGAGGAAGGCACUCUCAGUGACUACAUCUGUUCAGUUCAGCAAGAAAAAGAUCUGACAUCUUCAUUGCAACCCCCUUUUUUCGUAUCAGACCACAUGGUGGGCCAAGCACACGUAGGCUAAAUGCACCUUCAGCAGGUGGCCAGCUGGAAUGAAGUAGAUGGGAGAAUCCAAGAACAUGGUGCUGAAUGGCAGGAGACAUGGCAGCAGGUUCUCCAGCCAUCAGCCCUCCAACAAAACCAGGACACAGCAAGCCCACCUGCGUCAAGCGAAGGGAACCCCCAGCGGCAAAAGAUCCAGUCGGCCAGGGUAUGGAAAUGCAUCUAUGGACGUUGAGCGUCGGCAUGUCCCAGCCUCUGGAAUGACAGCCAAGGAGCUGUGUGAAUAUGAUGACGUGAGCACAAGCCUGAUCCUGGACCCUUACCUGGGCUUUCAGACACACAAGAUGAACACCAGGUUUCGGCCCGUCAAGGCAUCCAGACAAGCGGAACUGAAGGAUAUGAUUGAGAGUUUCAAAAAGCAUGAUGACAUUGAGAAAGCCUUCCAGGCAUUUGCAUCAGGAGAUGGGACAAAACCCUACUUUCCGAACAAGAACAAGACCCAGGAAAAACUCUUCAAAGAACAUGUACAUGUUUAUCUGCGCAUGUUCGCCUCAGACAGCGGGUUUGAAAUUUUGCCAUGUAACCGGUACUCUUCAGAGCAAAAUGGAGCCAAAAUUGUAGCAACAAAGGAAUGGAAGAGGAAUGAUAAGAUCGAAUACCUGGUGGGCUGCAUCGCUGAGUUGACAGCAGCUGAGGAGAGGUUGCUGCUUCGGCAUGGGGAAAAUGACUUUAGCGUCAUGUUCUCUACACGAAAGAACUGCGCACAGCUCUGGCUCGGACCUGCAGCGUUCAUUAACCACGAUUGUAGGCCAAACUGCAAGUUUGUGUCAACGGGUCGUGCCACUGCCUGCGUUAAGGUUCUAAGGGAUAUCGAACCAGGGGAAGAGAUCUCCUGUUACUACGGAGAUGGAUUCUUCGGGGAAAAUAAUGAAUACUGUGAAUGCUACACUUGUGAACGGCGCAGCACAGGGGCAUUCAAAACGAAACCUGGGCUGCCAGUGGAGGCUCCCGUUAUCAACAGCAAGUAUGGCCUGAGGGAAACGGACAAACGCCUCAACAGGCUGAAGAAGCUGGGGGAGGGUAACAGGAACUCGGACGGCCAAUCAGCACACUCCAGUGUGGACACAGAUUCUCAGGAAACGCCCAAUUCACACCCAUCUUUAAGGAAGAGGACAUCCCAGCCUAGUGUUAAAAAGUUAACAAGACAAACCUUGUUAAGCACUCCAACACCUACCUCAUCCUCCAAACUACGUUCCCCAGACAGCUCCAGUUUACCAAAGAGACUAAUAUCAAAGCCCGCCAAGACGCCUUUGCUUAAAUUAAGGAGACAUUCUCGAGGGCCAGUGGCAAAGUCCGCUAGCCGAGCAGCUACCGUCAGCAUGUGCCACAAGGACACCCCUAAAAGAGACACAACACGUCGGGGUUCAGCACAAUCGCUGGCCAUCAAAGGCAGCUCAGCACGGAAGGCGGCAAAAGAAAACAACAAUCAGAGCUCGCCAAAAGGCACCAGAGCUCGCAAGGACCACUUGCCCUUGUCAUACAGGACUCGAAGGUCAACCAGGACCUCCAUCAGCUCUGAGGAAAAUGCUGGCAGUGGCGGAGGCUUUUAUGGACGUGGAUCCUCUCCCAGCCUGGGCCCGCCCCUGGGCGAUGUAGUUCCUAAAACUGAGGGGGCAGAGAGGGAUCAGAUGGGCAUUCCUGGCCUCCAGCAGGUGAACGUGCCCAGUCUGGAGGCGCAUUGUCCACGCAAGGGCACGUGCCCACGCCGCAGGAAAACCCCAAAGCUGGAGGAGAGUGGCGGGCCGUAUGGCCAGGCCUUCCUCCAGGAAGAUGUCCCGGACCUGCGGCACGCCGACGUCGCCGACUGCGGGAAGGUUUUGCUAGGUCUCCCAGGCCGGCACCAGAACCAGAGCUCAAACCAGCAGCAGCAGCAGCAGGAGCAGAACAGUUCGGACAGCAAAGCUGGGAAACUCCUGCGGCGCGGCAAGGGGAAGAAGAAGCGGCGCAUCACACGAUAUGACGCUCAACUGAUCCUGGAGAACAGCACGGGCAUACCCAAACUGACGCUGCGCAGGAGGAGGGACAGCAGCAGUAGCAAGGCCGAGCCAGGGGAGGUGGAGACGCUUGGAGCCUGCAGCGGAGGAGGAGGAGGAGGAGGAGGAGGAGGAGGAGGAGGUGGAAGCUCCUCCUCCUCUAAAAUCAGCAUCAAAUUCAGCCAGGACCAUGAGAAGGAGCGUGGUGGUAGCGGAGGAGGAGGAGGAGGAGGAGGGUAUGUCCCCUCGAAACUCAACAACGGCUACGGCCACGCUGGACACAACAGUGCCACCAAGCUGAAGAUCCAGUUAAAGCGUGAGAAGGCUGGCAGGGGGCCGCUGCCACGAGCGUACUCCGAUGAUGUCACUUUCACAGGCAUCGUCCAGCGGGAGGCGGGCGAGGUGCUGGAGCACCAGCCAGGCGGCCACAGCACAGCGGGCAUCGAGGAAGACUCGCUGUCGUCGUCGGAAGAGGAUGACGACGACGACGAGGAGGAGGAGGAGGAAGAGGAGGAAGAAGAAGAAGAAGAAGAAGAGGACUACUUUGACAACGAAGAGUUUGAGGAUGACUUCAUUCCUCUCCCACCAGCGAAACGCCUACGGCUCAUCGUGGGCAAGGACUCAAUAGACAUUGACAUUUCCUCCAGAAGGAGAGAGGAUCAGUCUCUCAGACUCAAUGCAUAAGCUGAUAUGGGUUGUGUUUGCGGGUGAGGGCUGGAGUAUUGUUCCAAUCAUGUAUUUGUUUAUUUGAAUCAUGUUAUUGAAGUGGGCUUGUAAAAACAAACAAAAAACAGUGAAAAUCGAAAUUGUAAUUGUAAUUGACACAAAUGAAUCGUAGUGAUGGCACUUCUCUAUUGGUUCUGUACCAUGAAUUAUAAAUAUUGUAGAAAGUGUACAGGUAUGUAUUCAUGUCUGAUAAUGUGCAGAUAAUUUUGUUAGCGUUCAUUAAGCUUUAUCAUGUGCAAUUCUUAUCAAAUGCCCUGAGUUCUUUUCCAUGGGGUUUAAAGACAAGGUUGAGGAAUACUAAUACACCAAGAAACUUUUUAAUGGACACGUGCAUGAAUUUACCCAAAAACUAAUAAUUUAGUCAAGGGUUUUGUGGCUGUGUCUACAUGUACAUAUAUUAGUAUAUCAUUGAAGUGGCAAAGGAAGCUAUAGGGAAAAUUACAACACAUGCAUAUAGUGUAUGGAACAACUUGGAGGAAACAGAAAGCCUUGUUUAACAUGGCUUAGAUGGUAUCCUGCGAUAGGCCAAUAUGCACGGCACAGAAUUCUUAAACUGGUUGAGCCAAGCAGACCAUAGUGUUAAAGGUGCUAAUUUUCAUGUAAUUGUGUGGAGACGUCUGUGCUGUGUUAAACACAAGAAACUGUGUGGUCCCCAGCUCUGAAAAAUAUAGAUUUGCAAGACCAACGGCCUUGACGACAUGUUCAGUUUUCUUUCCUUUUCUUAUUUCAUUGUUCAGUGCAUUGCAUCAAAUUUUGGCCUGACCUCACAUAUACAUAUGCAAGUCAAUGUUUGCAACCAGCAGUCAUCUUUGAUUACCAUGAAACGAAAUUGAAUCACAUAAAAAAAAAGAAUGAUCCUUAGAAACUUGAUUCAUCCUGUUCAGGAGUCAACCACCAGUUUGUAUCUGGAUGCUAUUGUCUUGACUAGUGUGCAUGCUGUGCACUGCCAAAAAAUUAAGGGAUUACUAAAUAAAACACACUUUUUUUCUUUUCUUUUUUUAAUUUUCUUUUUUUAUCACCAGCAGGAAACUGCAGCUUUUGCUCUCUUUACGUUCUCCCCUCUGGGGUGUGUUGGUUUUACACUGUAUGCUGUCCGAAGUCUACUGUCUGUGCAUUUAGUUGAGCAGUCAGCAUUUUUGUUUUUAAAAUCAUGUCUUGUAAGUAUUUGAUUAUUUUGUAGCACAUCUUUGCAGGAUUACGGGAUCAUGUAUUCAUACAUUUGUGGGUAUAUUCUUCACUAUGUACAUCUUGAGAACUCUUUUUAUUUAACUGUUUGAAUACUUGAAGACAUAAAAAUUCAUUUUUCAAGAA